GAGCUAUUGAUUUCCGCGUAACCGAUACUCCUUACUAGCAUUCGAUGCAUUAGAUCACGUCCUAUCACAAUGUCGCUGCUUUCACUGACAGUGUCACUGUUGCUUUACGCCCAGAAAACCCUUGGCGAGGAAUCUGAAAAUCUAGACCGACUACUAGAUAGAAAAUUUUACAAACCUGAGCCUCGCUGGUACGCGUAUGCAUUUCGUUCGUUUGAUCGGAUGGAAAACCCGACCUUCCGAAGCUAUAAAUACGGUUUUCCCCCAGGAAUCUACGGCAGUUCACUCAUUCCCAUCAACCUUUGGUAUCAGUUGGUGUGUCUGCACAAUGUUAAAGAUUUGUUCAUGCAACCGCACAACGUGCGCUUGGUCAAUAUUGACUACAACGGUAUGCUUAAAACGUGCGACGAAGCAACGGAACCGCGCUGCUCUUGGCACUUCUUUGUCGCUCUGUAUCAGCCAACGAGCUAUAAUCGGGAGUUAUUGAAAUUCCUCUUUAAAGAUAUCGACCUGUAUGAAAAUGCAGGCUGUUAUCCAGUUCCCGUGGUUGCAGGCUCAUGUAGCCCGUUUACAUCGAUUGAACAAAUGAGCCUGAUCUACAUAUACGAAGUCUGCCAUCUAUACAACCACAAAGACCAUCCCCUACUGAAUCUGCCGGCACUUUGCCCAGACCCAUGUGCUCGUCGACCAUGCAAAACGAUUGACAAUGCCAUUCCAGGAUCAUGCAAGCAAUACGGUUAUCAUAUGUACGACUUCACGUGUAAGUGUGAACAGGGUUUCGAGUGGGAGAACAGCACGCAACUGUGCGCCAUCGACGACAAUUGUGGAAAGAUAUGUCACGAAGCAAACACAAUUAGCUGCAUUGUCAACAGAACAUCAGCCACCGCGAUUUGUCGCUGUAAGGACGGCUUUAUGGGCUUCGACUGCAGCCAAAAAUAUGACGCUUGCGUUCUCGGUAAGGCCCCUGACGCAAGGGGUCUCAAUGUCGGCCCCAUUGUACCAUCAGGUUACGACGCGUGUGGGACUACGCUGGAUGCUGGUAAUCUGUGCUUCUCUGUGGCCAACACCACCAGUUACACGUGUGUCUGUAGCCCCGCCUAUGUGCGGGACAUCACACUGCCUUACGACAAUUGCCUGAAGCCUUUGGACAGCUGUGACAAGCGCAUAUGUGUACAUGGACAAUGCGUUACCUCCCCUGAUCUGCUGAGGAGUAUAUGUGAUUGCGAUGAGGGUUACACCGGUCCUCAAUGCGAUCAGCCCACUGGAAGUUGGUCACAGUGGUCGGAUUGGAGUGUCUGUGAACCCUCCUGCGGUCCAGCGAGGCACCGAAGACGACUGCGAAUUUGCAUGUCAGACGACGAGGCGCACUGUAUCGGUCCGGUGGAAGAGGUCAGGCGAUGUGCCGAAGGCCGGGGAUGCGUACAGGAGGUGGCCGUGGAGGAAGAGACUUGGUUACAGUUUAUGGAUUGGACCAAUUACGUGAUGAUGAUAACCUUGGGCUACAUUGGUGCGCUUGCAGUUCUGCUCACUCUCAUUGGUCUGUUCCAGCGUCACAAGGCUUCGGAACGUCCGCAAGCGGAAACUGGAAGUCGGAAAUCCAAUCCUCUCGCACGCUCGAACACGCGUUAUAGUGGUAAACGAACCGAAGUGUUCCCUACAUUCACGGAUUAAUAAAAGAAUUGACGCAAUGACCAGCUGAGUACAUCAAUAGACCGAGUGUACCUGUUUUAAAUUGUCUACAUGAGCGUUGUAAUUUCUAGGUCUCCCGGUUUGAUGGCCGGAAGAAGUUACGGGGAACUGCAUUUCAUACAUAUA